AUGGCUGAUCUUGCGAGCCGCAUUACGAAACCCGACGAGGUCGCCGCCGACACUCCCGCCGCCGACACCCCCGCCGAAAACGCCCCCGCUGCUUCUGGUGAACUUGGCCAGGCCGACGGCAACAUCGAAGACUUGGGUGGCUCCGGCCUUCAGGAACCUGAAUGGGAUGUCGAAGUCUCCCUCAGCGAACUCCAGAACAAUGAAGCUACACCAUUCCAUUCUGCCACUACCUGGCAAGACCUGGGCCUUCGUGAUGACCUUCUGAAGGGUCUCCUCUCUCUCAACUUCUUGAAGCCCUCCAAGGUCCAGGGCAAGUCCCUCCCCCUGAUGCUCAGCGAUCCUCCACGAAACAUGCUGGCACAGUCGCAGUCUGGUACAGGCAAAACCGCUGCCUUUGUCACCGCGAUAUUGUCGCGUGUCGACUUCAGCAAGCCCGAUCAGCCCCAAGCACUGGCUCUUGCGCCCAGUCGAGAGCUUGCCCGACAGAUUGAAGGAGUCAUCAACGCCAUUGGACGUUUCGUUGAGAACAAGAAAGUUGCUGCUGCAAUCCCAGGCGUUCUGCCCCGCGGAGAACCCGUCAGAGCUAGUGUCAUUGUCGGUACUCCAGGUACAGUGAUGGACAUCAUCCGACGCCGACAGUUGGACAUCUCUCAGCUCCGUGUUCUUGUUCUGGACGAGGCCGACAACAUGCUCGACCAGCAGGGUCUAGGUGACCAGUGCCUGAAGGUCAAGAACAUGCUCCCUAAGGAUAUUCAAGUGCUUCUUUUCUCCGCCACUUUCCCCGAGAACGUCAUGAAGUAUGCCGGCAAGUUUGCGCCCAACGCACACAGUCUCAAGCUACAGCGCAGUGAGCUUACUGUCAAGGGCAUUUCUCAAAUGUUCAUUGACUGCCCUGACGACAACAUGAAGUAUGACAUUCUUUGCAAGCUUUACGGUUUGAUGACGAUCGGCCAGUCCGUCAUUUUUGUCAAGACCAGAGAAAGCGCCAACGAGAUCGAGAGACGAAUGGUUGCAGAUGGCCACAAGGUCUCUGCCCUUCACGCCGCUUUUGAUGGAGCUGAGCGAGAUAACCUCCUGACCAAGUUCCGUCAAGGCGAGAACAAGGUUCUCAUUACCACCAACGUCCUGGCCCGUGGUAUCGAUGUUUCCAGUGUAUCCAUGGUCAUCAACUAUGAUAUUCCCAUGAAGGGACGAGGCGACACCGAACCUGAUGCCGAGACCUACCUUCACCGUAUCGGCCGAACUGGCCGAUUUGGCCGUGUCGGUGUCAGCAUCAGCUUCGUUUACGAUAAGAAAAGUUUCGAUGCAUUGAGCAAGAUUGCCGAAAUGUACGGUAUUGACUUGGUCAAACUAGACACUGAGGACUGGGAUGAGGCCGAGGAGCGCGUGAAGGAGGUCAUCAAGAAGAACAGAGCUCAAGCUUCGUACGCCCCCAGUGCGACUGAGCCCAAGCCUGCCGCGAGUGCUUAG